AUGUGGAAUCGACUAAUUUCGCUUAAUAAACAAUGUCUUAGAUCAUCGAUCAAAGUAUUUACGCGUCAACAAUCGUCAUCAUCACAAUAUUACCCAAUCAACGAUGACAUAUACGGUCUAACCGAUGAUCAAAAACAGCUACGUGAAACGGUGUUUGCGUUCGCACAGAAAGAGUUGGCACCCUAUGCUAAUGACAUCGACAAGACAAAUACAUUUCCGAAACUACGCGAAUUCUGGAAGAAACUCGGUGAUCUUGGUCUAUUGGGUAUUACAGCACCUGUCGAAUACGGUGGCUUGGGCCUACACUAUACUGAGCAUUGUAUCGCUAUGGAAGAAAUCUCUCGUGCUAGUGGUAGCAUCGCUCUAAGUUAUGGCGCACAUUCGAAUCUUUGUGUCAAUCAAAUUGUUCGAAACGCAAAUGACGAACAAAAACAAAAAUAUUUGCCAAAACUUAUCAGUGGCGAACAUUUCGGUGCAUUAGCCAUGUCCGAACCGAAUUCAGGAUCUGACGUCGUUUCAAUGAGGCUAACCGCUGAAAAGAAAGCAAAGAUGCUCAUGCCAAACGGCGUCGGUUUUUAUCCUCCUGCGUACGGUUCAGCGCCGUACAUUGGCUUAUUACCCAAUUGUAAUCAGGGACUUCAAUCGACUCAGCAGCCCGUUCAGCCGACCUCAUUUUAUAAUCCGAACUACGCGCAACAAUUACAACCACAACAAGUAUUGAAAACGGAACAGGAUGCUGCUGCAUACUUUAAACUUUAUGACUUCAAUGCGAAUAAUCGCAAUGAAUUGAUUCGUUUGAUUUUCUAUUAUGUCGGUGUGACAUUCAAAGACAAACGUGUCACACAAGAUGAAUGGACACGAGCGAAAGAUCACAUCCCUGUUCAACAAUUACCAAUCUUGCGUGUUCAGAAUCAGUUUAAAAUCUACUAUUUCGAUUCUAUUGUUCGAUACUUAGCACGAGAAUUUGCUCUUCAUGGAACAACUAACCAAGAAUACGCUAUGGUUGACAUGGUUUUCGAAGCCAACUCUUCGUUUCAAGAGAUACUCUUCGAACAUGUUGGUAAUCCAGCCAAUCAUGAGCAACGUAAAACACUUCUCAAGCAGUUCAUCGCUGAUCAUGCAGAAGAUUAUUUGAAUCAAUUGGAAAAGUUCUACAAAGUAUUCAAUCGCGAUGGUCCAUUUUAUUUAGGCUCGCAAAUAUCUUUAGCUGAUUUGAUUGUUUAUCAAACUAUCAAUUCUCUAAUUGAAGUCAAUCCUCAAUUACUUGAUAAUUAUUCUCGUUUGAAAGAGGCACGUCAUCGUUUAGAACAACAUCCUCAAAUAAUUAAUUACUUAAAUGCUAAGAAGCACCCAAAAUCAAAGAAAAAACGUCAUGUUACUCUUUCGCCUACGUCGAACAACGUUUACCAUUUUUAUCCACGAUAUCAAUCGCACGAUGGACGAAGGGCCUCUCGACGCCGUCAAUCGAAGGAAUCACCUAUAUUCAAUCAUGCGAGAAGAGACUCAAAAACAUCUUCUUCAUCCAAAGAAAAGGAGAUUCGACCUCCUUCCCAAACGAAACACGAACCAAGGUCAGCCAGUGUACAAAAAGAAGAGAAAGACUUCGUACCACCACGACCUGUUGAUGUUAUACCUCAACCACCACCGAUUCCGGAAGCCAUUCCACAACCACCACCGUUACCUGAAGUUGUCCCGCAAGUCGCAACUACAACUUCAACAAAGACUGAAUCUGUCGAUGAACAGUGA